AUGGCACCGUCGAAGGCCGUACCCCGCGCCCUCCCGGCUUUGGCCGCGGGGAUCGAGAACUUGGACACUUACAUGACAGUGGUGCAAAAACUCACCGGCUGCAUUAUCACAGCGAUCAAUGUUGAUAAAAGCGUAACCGUGACUAACAAAAAACUCAUUAAUCUGGCAGCAGAAGAGAUCCAGAUGGCCACAGACGCUCUCACUCUUUUUAUGCUAAUGGGCACCACUGACACAUGCAAAUCUAACAGCGAAUUAAAAAAUUUCAUCCUAGCAUCUAUGAAGGAAGAGAUAGCGGAUAUCAAAAAAUUGAUUGCAACCAAUAAACCCACUUAUGCGGAAACAGCUGCAGUGGCUCGCGGGACCUCGGCACCCACUGGGCUAACCGCCUCCCAAAGCUCCCCCACAGCGUCAAAACCAGCGAUGAUUGUCAGCCCGAUGGUCGAGGUCAAAUUUCGACAAGAAGCCGUCAAACUGUUCAAGAAAAAUAUAAACCAUCGAACAUCCAAAUAUGCUCUAGCCAGAAUCCAACCCGUUUCAAAUCACAAGUACCGUGUUGAAUUUGACUCGAAGACCCAAUGA